AGUUUUUCCCCAAGCAAGGUAAAUCCCCUAAGAAACAAGAGGUCAUCUUCACAACUCCCACAGGGGAGGAGAUCAACAACAAAAGGAAGUUGGAACAGUACCUGAAGGCACACCCCGGUGGCCCAGCAUCUGCUGAAUUUGAUUGGGGCACCGGUGAGACGCCGAGGAGGUCUGCAAGGAUAAGUGAAAAGGCUAAAGCAACUCCACCAAUGGAAAGUGAGCACCCAAAGAGAAAAAGAACGUCAGUCUCAAGGAAAGAUCUCAAAGAAACGGAAGCUGAACCAGAAGUUUUGGAGGAGAUGAAAGAGGUUAACGACCAAGAUGCUGGAAAAUAUGAGAGCAUAGCAGAUGCUGAGGUAAAAAAUGAUGAUAAGAUGGAAAAUCAAGAUGAGAAGGAAACUGAGGUAAAAGAUGAAAAUCAAGAUGAGGAGAAAACAAAAGAUGAAGCUGCCGUAGCAGAGGCAGCGAAAUCUGACAACCAGUUGAAUGCGGAUAAUAAUGCCGAAGAACAUAAGAUAACCGCUGAAUCAGAUCAAGAAAAAUUGGAAAGAAAUCUCAAUGAGAAGGAACCUGACAGCUCUAAACUAAACCUCAAUGAAAAUCUGGAGGGAGCAAAACAUGAAGAAAAGAUCGAGCAACCACAAAUUGAGGAGAAGAACGAUAGUAAUUUGGGUGAAACUGCCAAACCUGACACUGUUAUAUCUGAUGUAAAGGAAUCUGAACUAGAGGAGAAACAGAAACCCAAUCAACAGGAUAUUGAAUUAGAAGGAGAAAUCGAGGACAAAGCAGCUGCAGCUCUAGAAAACAGUGAGAAACAUACCGAGACAAACCAGACUAAAGAAGUCACUGAGAAUGGCAAUCACAAGAAUGAUGCUGGUGAGGUAAAGCCUUGAAAACGAUAUCACGUUUUCAGCUUUGGCCUCUUCAUACGUCUUUCCAAAAGAUUCAGAUUGCCGGGUAGCUCUGUAAUUCUGAUGUGGUUAAUUGUAGUAAUCUAAUUAUUGACAGAAACAUCCAUCCAUACGAUCAUAGAUUAGGUUAUUAUGUUCCAUCGCUUGUUGUUCACUUGUACUGAAUAAAAGUUGUAGCUCAUAAUGAUCUCUGUACGAAUUAAGUGUAACAUGCUUGUACUAUGAUACUGUAAUGUAAACCUGUGUAAGGUAGAGAUUUAUCCAUACCGCUGAUUUUGUUGGAA